UGUGGCUAUUGAAAUAGUUUCUAUUUUUUACAAAGAAAUGAAUUAUGUGCGAAAGUGAUUGUUGCAUUUGAAAUUAUCAAAUUAUAAAACAUGCCGUUAAUCUAGUGUGUUAUAUAUAUCAUUUUGUUUAUUUCACAUUAACAAAUAUAUAUUUUUGACUAUACGCUGUUGGAACAAAAAGUAAUUUGGAAAAAACAGAACCAAACUUAGUUAGUAAGAAGCACUUUCCACUAUUAUCUUCCUUCCCCACCAACUUCAGUCUUCAUUUCACAAUAAUAAUGUUCAAUGAUACCACCACCUUCGGCUCCGGCGCCGAAGCCGUCGUCCCUACUCCCUCUACCACAAUUCCCACCACCGUCUUCCCCGGCACCACCAUCACUUCCAACUCCACCUUCAUCAUCAUCGGACCUCCUCCACCGUUCCCGGCGCCUCCUCGGAGCAUCAACUUCACUCCUCUCAUACUAAUCUUCGCCGUCGUAGCAAUCAUCGCCGUUCCCGCCUUCGUAUACGCUCUUUUCUUCACUUUCCCAUGUUCUUCCCGCCGCCGCAACUCCACCUCCUCCCGCCGUCGCAGCAGCUCUUUCUCCGACGAUCAUGUCACCGUGGAUAUCACAUCACCGAACACAACCGAUAGAGACUCCUCGACCGCCGCCGCGCCUGAUUCCGGCGUGAAAUUCAAGAAAGAUACUCAUUCCAAAGAGAUCGGGAAUGAGUGCACCGUGUGUCUGUCGGUGUUCGGCGACGGCGAAGAGAUCCGGCGACUGAGCGCGUGUAAGCACGCGUUUCACGUGUCGUGUAUCGAGACGUGGCUCAAAGAUCAUCCCAACUGUCCCAUAUGCCGAGCAGACGUCCCCGUUAAACAGACAGAAGCAAACGUUAACGGUAACGGUAACGUGAAUCGCAGCGGUGGCGGUAACCGUCGAGUUUCUGCGACCAAUAGAGAUGAUGAUUGGCGUCAAGGUCUACCUGAUGCUUCUAGUUUAGUUUGAUUUUUCUUAUAUUGUUUUUUUUUGUAAUUUAUUUCUCGAUUUUGUAAUCUAUGAAAUGAUUUUGAAAUAUUUAUUGUGGCUGUUAACAAAUUAUGUUUGUGUUCAUUAAUUUAUUUAUUCUUAAUUAACGUAAUUUUCUUGGUU